UAAGGGGCACCAGCUUGACCAUCAAAACCGGAUAUAUUACGCGUCAUAACCUGGUAACUGCAAGUCCUGAAAUUCAGAAAAGAUCUGCAGUCAUUUGUCAGGACCCACUAUGGCUCUAAAGACGUACGCUGAUUGGGAACAUGCUGUGCGGGUUGCUCGGGUCGUCUACGACCACUCGAAGGCGAGGAUGGUCUGCAAAAGGAAGACGGUGCGGAAAUCAAAGAUAAUGGCCUUCCUGUCCGCGAUUUCAGUGAAGGAGUCUGGUGGGAUUUCAUCCACAAUUGAGAGCAGCAAAACGUCACCACCCACUCGUCGAAAGUCAACAAUGGAUGUCAAGAAAUCAAAGGGCAGUUACAAACCUGUUGAGAAAAAGAAGAAGAAGAUACAGAUCUUCAUCGCGACCCCCUUGGCAUCAACUAUUUGCCUGCAACUGAAUCCGUCAACCUCGAUCUCAGCUGUGAAGGAAUUACUGCAAGAUCGACUAGGAAUCGAUCCUGAGAAGCAGCACCUUUUCAUGAGGAAUGAAAUGGAGCUUUGUGACGCACUGUCCCUGGAGGAUCAUUGCAUUCAUCAAGACACCAACAUAGAGCUGCGCCUCAUAGCUGGAUUGAUGGGUGGAGGAAAGAAAAAGAAAUCAGCCAAGAAGGAAAAACCUAAUCCGAAGCCGCAAUCCGAGAGUCCGACUAGCCGAUCGGAUACUCCAGCAGCGCCAGCAGAAGAGGGACAACAUGGAGAGGAUUACAGUGCAGCAGGGGCUACUGCAAGAGACCCACAGCCGACGACUAGCCGGGGAAAUAUAGACAUCAAUGUAGAUGGCAAUCAAAACCGCAUCGAAGUGGAGCAAGAUCAAACUAACAUUAGUGAAAACAUCCGUGCUGAGGAGGGAGAAGCUGAUGCAAGGCUUCCAUCAGGGGGUUCAAUAAGCAGCUCGGACACUCCAGUUGGAGAGGGUGCAGCAGGUGCUACUGCGAGAGAGCAACCGCCAACGACUAGAAGAGGAAACAAAGAAUUCAAUAUAAAGGGGGAUAAAAACCGCGUCAGGGUGGAGGGAGAUAGAACUACACAUAAUUAUGGGCCUACUUAUAAUAUCUUCGUGACGCAAAAUCUACCCCGCGACGUCGAACGGCAUAUUCAAGACCAACCCAUGCCUUUAACACGGGAACCCAAGGAACCGGCACUCCUUCAGGGUGACGAAAGAUCUAAACCCACAGUUCGUCCCGAAGCACCAAGGAUUCGUGACAAGUCGAUUCAAAAGGAGAAAAGAGCUGCAACUGGGCUUCGGCAGGAAGAUCCAGAAGCCACUACGUUGCUCCAGCAGUCUGAUAAACCUAAGGAUUACUCCAACAUCACUGAUCAACAACAGCAUCGACAGCUAUCAUCACAGGCUGUAGACGAAGAAGGCAGAUCACGAGAACCACAGGCAAAGGAAAAACACAAGAGAGAAGUGCCACCAGGUGAUGGCCCUCCAUCGACUGCAACGACUAACGAGGCCAAGCUUCGUAUUUUACUGACGGGCGACGAAAGUGGUGAGCUUGACCAGUCGUUUUAUCCAGUGCUCAUUGCAAACAAACCUGCAACGCCAGCUGAGAAUGACACAGACGCAAUCGCACGUCAAUUUGGAUUCAUUAAGACAAUCAGGUGGACCACCGUCUUAGACUUUAAUUCGCAAUCCAAAGUGAACGGGCUAUGCAAGCUGUACCAUGACGAUCGAAUGGUCUCCCUGCAGCAACCGGAACUGUUCAAAGACAUUGAGUCUGAUGAAGAGUUUCGGAAUACAAUCGAAUUUCCCGAAAAGACAGUCUGGGUGUUUGCAAAUGGGCGUGAAGACGACCAGAAUAUCCAGGCGCCUAAGAUGACCCUUCCUGAAUGGCACAAAGAACGCCGUGGAGACGUUGAAGAUUCGGUGAGAUUCUUCUCAAAACCAUCGGUGAUACCGAAAGGUCGAGCUGUGAUCAUGUUCUUACUGUUGUCCGAAGAUGACAUCGACAUCCUUUGCGAUACAUUCGGAAAACUGUCGUCGUCUUUUCAAAGCAUACAGAGCAUCGUCUGCAUCGCCGAAGACCGAGAGCUUUAUUCCAAGUUCGUGAAUUAUGUUACAAGGUGGUUUUCUAAAGAUGACAUCGACAAACGGAGUUUGGUGGGACUUGAGUGGCAAGAGAUAAACAGGAUCAUGAUGCGAAUGAACGGCGUGAACCAGACCGCCAAGAAUGAACUUCCUUCAAAGUUGCAUGGGCAGUGUUUUCUUUCAGAGAAACAGAAGGACGAAUGGUAUGACAUUACUGUUGUGUGCAAGAAUGAGUGUGAAAACACCGAUAUGGACGAUACCAGUCCAAGCUACCAGCAGUUUGUUAAAAGAAAGGAGCUAGACUUCUACCACGGUGAGAAAGUUGAUUGGUGGAAUUUUGCCAUCGGUGAAAAAGAGAAAAAGCUUCGCAAAACCUGCGGUCACGUUUUGAAAAGAAAAUGUUUUGGGGACGUUCUCAAGAAAGUCAGAAAACCACUGGAGAGUUCCAAGAGUGGAGACAGCUUGAUUGUCACAGUGACACUUCUACACCAACCUGGCGCUGGUGGUAGCACUUUAGCUCGCAAUGUCUUGUGGGAACUUCACAAAGAUUACCGAUGUGUGGAAGUUAAUAGAGUUACGAGUCGCACAGUCAACCAAAUAAUGGAGGUGAGACAGUUCGGUUAUGGCAAGGAACAAGCUAGGAAAAUCCCCCCAGUUUGCGUGCUUGUGGACAAUCUCGAUGAUGUUGAAGUGCUGGAUUUGAUAGCAGACUUAGAAGAGAAAUCAAAACAUGUUCGUGUGGAUGGUGGAGCAGUGUGCGUCGUGCUACAUUGCAAGCGUAACGCAGAUCCCCUUACAGCCAUCAAAACCAAAGGUCGAAAUCCCAACCUUUAUAUUCCCUUGACUUAUAAGCUUUCCCAAGAAGGAAAGGAAUGGUGUCAGCAAAAGUACAUUGAAUUGGAACACAAGGAAAACGAAGACAAAAAAGGAGAUUACAUUCCUGACAAUCUGCUUGCCUUCAUGGUGAUGAAGGAGGAAUUCAACAAGGAGUAUAUAACAGGUGUCGUCUCGAGGAUACUUCCAGACAUCAAGGGGAACGAGCUGAAGCUGAUUAAACUGUGUGCCCUUCUGAACUCUUACAUACAUGAAGCUGACAUACCUAUCUCUUGCUGUGACACGUUUAUGGCCGGUACCUGGGCCAAAGGGAAGACAAUCUACUUCACCAAACAUACUUUGAACUGGGAAAAGUCAUUAUCAGCGCCAUUUAAGAGUAUGAUGGUUAUAACAGAAAACCGAACCAUCAAGAUUUUACAUAAGAGCAUAGCUGAGGAGGCUUUAAGGCAAACCCUGAGAGAUUGCGGGGACCAAUCGCUUGCGGAUGUGACACUGGAGUUCUUGAACAGCGAACUGCUUCAGUCGAGUUCUUACAGCAGAAAGAUUCUGGCAAAGACAACGCAUGAUUUACUCAUCAGGAGGGAGCGUGUAGAGGACACCAAGACAGGAUUUUCGGUUCUUAUCGAAGAAAUCUGCGAAAAGCAGGGAUCGGAAAACGCUAUCAAAAUACUGACCAAGGGCGUUGAAAUACUUAAAGAUGCCUUUGUCGCACAGCAGCUUGCAAGAUUUUAUCUCAUAAAGGAGAAAAAUUUCGAUAUGGCACACACCUUCGCUGAUAAGGCGUUAGAAAAUUAUCCCCAAAAUUCGUAUUUUUGGGAUACAAAGGGUCGUGUUUACAAAGCACAUUUUGACACGCUUACUGAACCAUACAUACUUGACCAGCAACCUCUUAGUGACGAAGUUUUGAACGAAGUCCUCUCUCUGUCCUUCGAAGCCAUGAAAACCUUUCGCAAGUCAUACGAAGUCUCAAAAGAAUCGGCCCCAAAGCAAAUUGAAUACACUGGAUUAUAUGCCGAGCUCAAUAUGGCCUUCCGUCUACUACAAGUUAUCCAUCUAUGCGUGGAGCCCUUCAGAACCCAGGGUGAUAUCAAUGUUCUUAAGAUGUACCUUCUGAAGUUGGACCUGCCCCCAUGCGUUUGUCUCCCAGCCUGGGACAGUGUGACCCAUACUCAAGUUAGAGAGUUGAAAAACAGGGUGGAUGAAGUGUUGGAAAUAAUGGACGGCAAAACAACAUACUACAAGGAUUACUCAACUGCAAACAUUGCUGGCCAGAAAUUGGAUCAGAUGAUGGAGAACAUGAAGAAAUAUUCAAUAAUAUACAACAAGUAUUAUGGAGAGCCACAACCAAUGCAAAAUACGAGGUACACUGAUACGGAUCCCAUAAGCCUUACUGAGCAUCGGCGCAGACUCGUCGACCAAUUACAUUGCGGUAGUUUCCGCGAAAUUUUCGAUCGGGCAAAAGCCAAACAGCGGAAAGUUCUCGAGGAAUCCCGGGACCUCCUGAGGCAGAAUUCAAGUAAUUAUAAUUCGUUUGACUUGAAAAAUCUGAUUUGCAUACAUCUGGCCCUCUCAUCCUUCGAUAUCGGAGAGCAGUCCGUGUCGGCUGACUAUGUGUAUCAGGAGUUCGUUCGCCCGUUCUACGCGAUGGAUAGACCUAAAGGUGAAAGCUGCUGGCCCUCACUUUUGAUGACGAUGUUCUUGUGGCCUAUCAAAGGUGUGGCGUCAGCAAGAAGAGAUAGAUAUGAUUUAACAGAACACAUAAUGGAACUGAAAAGGAGAUGGGACGCCGAUGGCAUUUUCUCACACGCACCGAUGCCACAAGUUCAAGAAAGAAUUAAACGGCAAAUCAAAUCCCAGAUGAAACCUCGUACGCAUUUCUUCCUGGGCCAAGGCGAAGGUCUGCGUGUGUUUACUCAUAUCACCGAGCUUCAUGCGACUCAGGGAAAGCUCGACAGACGCGAUGCUGGCGACGAUUCGUUUUGGCAGUCUGAUCUCGUCAAAGAAAGGCUGGUUCGUUUGGAAGGCACGCUCCUGAAUGCCACCUCCCUGUUGCAUCGCUUUCACAAAGACAAAGACCCCAUUGACAUCAAGUUAGCUGUUCCCUACGAAAGGCUUGCGAGUCAAGAGUCUGUCACCUUCUACCUGGGGUUCAGCUGGAACGGGCCUGUCGCAUAUGAUGUGACAUUAUCGACGGAUAAGGAGGGUCGUGACGAUCACACAGUGCAACCCUCUUUCCAUCAAGCCUACCCGAACCACAUCUUGCCGUCAGGCAAAUCUAAGGUCUCGCCGUCUGAUAACCUAUCGGACAUCGAUAAGCUACAAUUGAAGCGUGAAGAACUUAAAAAGAAGAUCGAAGAUCUUUCAUCUGUGUUACUGCAAGACAGCAAACAGUUGAAACGGGACAAGGAUGAAAGUAUUCGCAAGAGUCGGGAAUACAAACGCCAACUGAAACAAGUACGCGAAAACCUCCGGCGUGAAUGGCAACUAGACGACAGCUACGAUGUUUACAGCUGGACAUUCGUGUAAGCGUGAUGUAGCUGCUGUACCUCGGAGAUGUGACUCUACUAUCAAGGGCGGCUAGAUAAUCAAUCUAAGAAGGCAUAUCAGAUCAUUUGCAUAUUUAUCCCAAAAGUAACCCACCAAAUUAUUAUUGUAGCGGUACGCCAAGUAGGUCCGCUGAAAUGAUUGAAUUUAACGACGCCAAGGCACAAAGCCAAACCGAAUAAAAAAAAAGGAGUCAAAGUGUACUUGUUCCAAAACUUGUUCUUUCACAAAGACUUUAAAAUAGUUUUCGGUUUCCACAUCAAUCUUAAUCUAAGCUCACAAAACUAGUGUCAUAAUAUGAUGAAUAACAUUCAAUCUAUACAAGCUCUUUCAAGUCCAAGUUCUAAGUUUAUAAAGUAAAGUUCCUUUCAACUUCCAAGUACAUGUGGUCUAUGUUCCAAUUGCUAUAAUUAAAAUUUGUAUAAUCAAGUACCCCGAACUCCAGGUCAGUGUACAACUUUGUGGACUCCGCCUUCCAGAUUACACUUGAAAAAGUACAGUAUAUGAGGAAAAGAUCGCCGACAUGCAAGAGAAAAACAUACAACAGUCGCCACAUAAACCCAACAUGAAGAGCAAUAACCCACAUGUGAUUUGUACGUGAAACUUUUCGGAUUAAGCGUGGAAAUUCUCAAAAUCACUCCUUUUGAGCGACAUACUGUAGACUAAAAUUUCGAACCGUAUAGUGGCAGAGAUAGAAUGUACAGCAAUUGCAAAGUCUGGUAUUCCUGAUGAAUGCUGAGUAAUAAAAAGGUUAGUUUUGGAGCAGCCAAUGGGCGCUAGUAUACAA